GACCUCUGAACUUUCAGUGAGGGAGCAACAGAAUGUCUCAGCAGCGGACGGGGAAGAUUCCGGUGACGUCGUCGCGGGAGGACACGCUCUCAGAGAGCCAGUGGUCGAUGGAGUUCGACAACUACGAGGAGGGCGGGACAGCCAUUACUACUGAUCUGUCUCAGAACGAUAGAGCUGUUCACAUCGACUUCUUCAACAGUUUUGAGGACAUCUUUGACGAUGAUGCACUUGACUAG